AUGGCGAUCUCUCCGACCACGGUCGCCGUCGCCGCUCUCCUCCUCAUCACCUACCUCUCUAUCCUCACGACCCCCGCCACAUCCCUCUCCUCCGACCCCCUCGUCGCGGAGCUCUCCGCCCUCCAAUCCCAGUCCCCCACCGGAGUCAUCCGCCUCUCCGACGCCCUCCUCCGCCGCAUCCUCUCCCUCCCCACCCCGCGCCCAUUCCACGCCCUAAUCUUCUUCGACGCGCACCAGCUCCACUCCAAGCCCGAGCUCUCCCUCCCCACACUCAAAUCCGAAUUCGCCCUUGUUUCCGCCUCUUUCAAAUCUAAUAACCCUGAUUUCAAAUCCAAACUCUUCUUCUUCGAAAUCGAAUUCCAGGAAUCCCAAUCCUCCUUCGCCCUAUUCGGCGUCAACUCCCUCCCCCACAUCCGCCUCAUCCCGCCGUCCGCAUCCGACGUCAAGACGGAUUCCGUUCAAAUGGACGCCGCCGAUUACUCGAGGCUGGCCGACUCCAUGGCCGAAUUCAUCGAAUCCAGAGCUAAGCUCACCGUCGGCCCAAUUCACCGCCCCCCGGUCGUCUCGAAGAAGCAAAUCGCAUUCAUAGUCGUUGUAAUUUUGAUCUGGACUCCGUUCUUCCUGAAGAAAUUGAUCGCCGGCAACACAAUAUUCCACGAUAAGAACAUUUGGAUGGCGGGGGCAGUUUUCGUCUACUUCUUCAGCGUCUCGGGGGCGAUGUUCAACAUAAUUAGGAAAAUGCCGAUAUUUAUCGCGGAUAGGCAGGAUCCAUCGAAGCUGGUAUUCUUCUACCAGGGGUCAGGGAUGCAGCUUGGGGCCGAGGGUUUCUCCAUCGGUUUCUUGUACACGAUCGUGGGGCUGCUGCUGGCUUUUGUGACUCAUGUAUUGGUGAGGGUGAAGAACAAGACUGUGCAGAGGGUUGUGAUGCUGUUCGUGCUCUUCGUGUCGUUCUGGGCCGUGAAGAAGGUGAUUUUCUUGGAUAAUUGGAAGACAGGGUAUGGCAUUCACGGCUACAUGCCUACGAGCUGGCAGUGAUUGUGAUGAAUGUGUGUGGUUCUCUGGCUUUAGGUAAGAAUUUGAUUCUGGCUGAAUGUGUAGGAUGUAUACACACUCGAGACUUUCGGCUUUUGAUUGGAUAUUUUUCUUUUACGCGGGAGUUUACAUAUAUGCAAUGCUAGAUAUUUCUCUUUAGAAGAUAUGUAAUAGUGAUUUUUGCUGCUCCUUUGCUGAUGGUUUUUCAGUUAGUAGUUACAAUUUGCACUUCCCA